AUGAUGAUGAUGCGAAGGGAUAAUGACCCGAGGGGCGAAGAAUGGACAGUUUGCACCCGUUGCGAGACCUUCCGGCCUCCCCGAGCUCAUCAUUGUCGAAUUUGCCGCAGAUGUAUCCGAAAAAUGGACCAUCAUUGCCCCUGGGUCAACAACUGCGUCGGCGAGUACAACCAAAAAUUCUUCCUACAAUUUUUGUUCUACGUGGCACUAACGAGCGGCUUUUCGUUAGGAUCCGUAAUGUUGUCCUGGGCCUACCACAAUGAAAACGGGAGCACCGGAGCCAAGGGACCAAACGGGCCAAAUGUGCACCACGCGAAAGUACUUCACACCAUCGUGCUUUCCAUCGAGUCGCUACUAUUUGGGAUGUUUGUGAUAGCUGUUUCUUGUGAUCAGCUACAAGCAAUCUGGCACGACGAGACGGCUGUUGAAGCAGUUCAGCGACGAGGACUGCGCUCAACGCGAAGAAAGAAGUCGUCCUGGGCUGCGCUGACUCAAGUCUGUGGUCAUGGCGGACUACUUACAUGGCUGCUGCCCUGCUCGAGCGGGCCGCGCAUCUCCGAAGUCAGCCCCGGCGACAUCCAUACUCAUUUUACCGUC